UAGCAUUUAGAGUUGGAACAGCAUGAUAUUGAACAAGUGUGGUAGACAGAAUGCAAAAUAUCAUUUCCUAUUAAAGCACAAUAACAAAAUAACACAACUAAACAAUUUUCUCAAUUUAAUGCAAUUAAAUUUCAACCCUUCAUUCAACUAACUUUGCAAAAUUCAAUUAAAAAAGAAUUAGAAUAAGAAUUUUACUGAAAGACAAGCUAUGCUAAGUGUAGAAUCUGACAUCUCAAAUUCUGGAAAGUUCAAAGAUAGGAUAGGAUUUGGAAACCAACAGCACAACAGUGCAUUCAUUCAUUCAGUUGCAACUUAUAUUUCAUUGUUGGACAUGGUUACAACAUUAUAUAAAGACAACUCUUUUGAGAUGCUACACUAAUUGACCUAUUGUACAUGUAUGUGGAGUCUUCAGUGCUAGACUGUUGGUUACAAAAAUGGCGGCUAAAGUGUCUCACUGUACUUUAGAAUUAGAUGUCGCCUCUGAGAUAAAAAUGGAGUUUUCACAGGAUCCCCAGGAAACAGAUGCCUUACCAGUCGAACCCUUUCAUGUUACUCUGAGCAACAGGGGUAAAGCUUGCCUUAUUACUGGAGGUUAUUGUUAUCGGAGGGGCAAGGGAGUAAAGAAAGGAUUGUCUUGGCGAUGCACUACAAAAAGUUGCUGCGGUAGAAUGGUGACAGACCAUUCUGUUUCUAAGGUACAGUAAAAGUAAUAGUAUAAUAAAAAUUUAACUUUUCCUUCUGAGCACUUAUGCUAUAUAAAAUUCACUUUCAAACACAGAGUUAUUUACAAAGAAAUGGCUGAAGUAUUGUCAUUUCAUAAAAGCAUUCUCCUAUUUUGUUGUUGACCACAGAGUCAUUUAUUUAGUUUCUGAAAGUUUUUCCAAAAAAAUUGUUAAAGUUAAGGCACUGUCAAAGGAGUUUUUUGUUGUAAAUGCCCGGUUGGCUUUUAAAUUAUUUUGUUGUAAUUUAUUGUGCCUAAGAGAGUCCCCCUUUUUUCUGUUGCCUAGAUUUUAGCAGUGAACCCAAAAGGGCAUAAUCACAUACCAAACCCUGUUAGUAUGGAGAAAAAAAUGUUUAAGAAUCGUUUGAAGUACAUUGCCACAGAAGAGCCAUUGUUGCACCCAGAACAGCUGCUGGAGAAAGAAAUAAUUGCAGCGCCACCUACUUUGUCGUCCAAAGAACUCAGAGCUGUCAGGCAGAGCGUGUGGAGGCACAGAGAACAAUUUCUUAGGAGCUGCGGUCAAGUGAAGAUAAGUCAAGCCACAUCAUCAGGAAUCUCCAGUUUGAAUCAAAUGGGCUAUGAUGUUGACAGAGGUGAAAAGUCAAAGUUUAUCCAUUUCCUCUAAGGAAUCAGGGUUUUAAUUUAAAAAAAGGUUACCUAAAUUUAGAAGCAUUAUCCUCCUUUUCAAAGUUUUCUUUGGAAAUAGAUGGCUACUUAACAGUCUGAAAUCCAUCUCAUAACAAUAUUUGGAACUUCUUAAAUUGAACUGCUGUAAAUCGCAAAAAAACGUUUAAAGCUUUAAAGAUCCAGCACAUUAGUAAAAAUAUAUUAGUCUAUAGAAAUCUACCUAAAAUUGGCCAGAAGUAAAAUUUUCUUAAUAUGUAAAAUAUAAAAAAAAAUCAUCUUUGAUGUAUCUCAGUAUGUAUCUCAUUUUUUUCAUUCAUUAAUUAAAAAAAAAAAACCCCCCCCCCCCCCCCCCCCAGUAAACAAAUGAAAAAAUAAAAUAAUUGAUUUUAAGACAUUUUAAAAUAAUAACCAAAAUGAAUAUAAUUUCACAAAAUCAAAUGAUUUAUGAGUUACAUAAUGAUAUUUUAUAUAUUCAUAUUUUGCCAACAAAGACCAGCACUUUUUUGUUUACCCCAGCAGCAACUUCUCUUUUCUGGCUCCUAAAGUUGGGUACUUCGUUCCUGCUCAUAAUGCUAGGUACAUAUUCCGUCAUGCUAUUGACAUAAACCAAAUAUGUUGAAAAAGUUGUGAAUGGAAGUGAGCUAUUCUGAUUUGAAUUUUGCCUUAAUUAAUUACAUCAGCAGGUAAUAUAAGUAAUGAGCAGAUACGGAAAAUGACAAAUAAUGGACAUGGCAAGCUACUGGAAGCUGUCAAAUCCUUCAUUCCCCAACUUGAAUAUGGCAUGCACAAAGGCCAAGCAGGCAGAGUGGCAGUUAUUGGAGGUUGCCAGGAGUAAGGGGUUAUUAUUAUCUUAUAUUGUUUUCAAGAUUUUAUUAUUUUUUUAACUUGAGCAAGCUGUAAAUCUUAAAACACUGGUUUUCUGUUGUUGUCUGUUGAUUGAUAUUUUCCCUUAUUUCCCCACAUCAGAUACACAGGGGCUCCCUAUUUUGCUUCAAUUACAGCCCUUAAAUUGGUAAGAGAUAUAACUCUGUGUGUGUGUGUGGGGGGGGGGGUGGUUUAAGGGAUGUUUAAAAAAUACAUGGUUUAAAAAAAAUGGACAAUAUAUAUUCUGUUUUAAGUUUAGUGAAAAUUUACUAAAAUAAUAUGCUAAUAAAUAUCUCUAAAAACUUACAAGAUCCAUUUAAGAAUGGAUAAAAAGCUGAUUAACGCUUUCAAGCCGCCUGUAUUUGUUAGACCACAGUUUGCCUCAAUCUUUAAGGGACAUUGAAAAUGAUAAAAAGUCAUUUAAGAACCAUAUAAAGACUUUUCUUUAAAUAGAUUUUAGUACAUCAAAGCGCUGUGAGCAUGCUAAAAUAGCAUGGACACAAGCACCAAGUACUCAAUCAUGAUACAUAAUGUCCUCUCCUAAUUUUAAAAAAGAAACUUAUUUUUUCUUCUUCUAUGACAGGGAGCUGACCUCUCUCAUGUAUUUUGUACUGUCGAUGCUGCUACAGUGAUAAAAAGUUAUAGUCCAGAAUUAAUAGUCCAUCCUUUACUGUAAGUGUACUUAUGAACACAAACUGUUUCUUGAGUGAUCCUUUCUUUACUGUAACUUUAAGUUUACUUAUAAACACAAAAAUACGUUUGAAUAGGAAAAUAUAAUUCAUAUUUUAUGGUAAGUUUAACUCUGAAGACUAACUUAACAGCCCUCAUCUUGUAGAGGCGUAAAAAUGAGUAUUGUCUAUGAGAAUUAUUUUUUUGAAAUUUUUCAGUUUUACAGUUCUCAUGAUUCAGAAUUAAAAAAAAAAAUCCUUUGACAGCAAUGACCACAAUCUAAAUUAGCACUUCAAGAAAUCAUUUUCCAAAUUAAUAAUGAACACCUUUUUAACACAUGAAAUUAAAGCAAAUUAAAUGUAAUGUAAAUUUUGUGUUGCUUUUGUUUAGUUCAAUCUGAAGAUCAACAGAUGAUGGAUAUUUUAAAAAAGCAUUGUCUCAUCCUUUAUGUAUACACAGAGACCGUUCAGAUGCUGUUGCAGGGAUCUUAGAAUGGUUGCCGAGGUUUCACUCACUUAUUAUAGGACCAGGCCUGGGGCGGGAUGAGAAAAUAAUCCGGGUUGUGUCGGUGAGUUUUGCUUGACUUGUUGCUCUCCCUUUAUUGUGUUCCAUUUUAAUAAUAAUAUGAUUGUCAGUGAAGGCUCAAGAUGAGUUGUCCAUAAACUGAUUUGGUAAAAUGUCUUCCUGGUUGUGGUUCAUUGAAGCUAAUUGAGUGAAAACCACAUCUACAGCAAGCGCCAAAAGUAACAGUUCAUAAAAUCCUGCAUCUUCACCACAUAUAUAAGUUUGUCAACGGCGCCUAUUCCCAUUAGCCAUGUGUUCCUGGGAACCAAAAUGAAGAUAUGUUGGGCAGUUGUAGUUGGAAAUGGGUCUCUCAAUACAGGAGAGAGUAUUCCUAGUUGACCCUUAUUGUUGGUCAUAUGUAAGUGGUCAUAAAUGGAGACAGAGUUUGAAAGUGGUGGCAGAGCAAUGCUGAAAGAGCUUUAAAAAGAUGGCAACAAGUAACAAAAUUAUGCAGUAUAUUUGUUACAAAACUUUGCCAUCCUGGAAAGGUACUCUGUCAACAGAAAGAGAGGACUGACAGACAAUAAAGUGAAUUUGACUUUCGGUAGAGACUACACAUUCCUAAAAACUUUGAAUCCUCAUACACAAUGGACAGAAAUUUUCCAUAAUACACCAUUUCGGCCUGCAUUUCUAGCUCUGUCAAGUGUAGUCCAACCUGUAUCGGGUACGAAAAUGCUCCUUUGUCCUUUAACAAUUGGUGAAAGAAGAUUUUUGCUUAUGUUUAAUAUCAAGAAUGGUCGUUUUAGUCUUAUGAGGGCGAAUGCAGCACCUGCUGGAGAUUGUGCAUGAUUCUCUAUUGAAACAGUUCAGGUCACAUAGACUUCCUCUUCCCGGUGCGGCUAAAUUUCUUAACAACAGAUGGCAUAACUGAUAAGAGCUCAGUACUGUAGCUAUCCACCAAAGUGGAGGAUCGACCAAACAGAAUUGAGUACUGUAGCUGUCUGCCACAUUGUGUAACGAAAUCUCAAUUCCCUCAUGUUUCUGUUAAGUCCAUGUAAUGUUAUUGGGAGUUCAGAGCAACAUUUCAUAACCGAAAUCUAAAUCAGUUUAUUUCAUGACUUGAGGGUUAUCAUGAGGUUAAUUUUUAAUGUCUACAUUUCAGGAAGUGAUUGAAAAAGCAAAAGAGCAGAAGCUUCCUCUUGUCAUUGAUGCUGUGAGUAAUAGAGUCUAUUCCAUGUUGUAAUGGUGGUUGCAGGUAGUGCGGGCAUAGACAUUAUCAAACAAAUUUUCGAACUCAGUUACUCUUUAUAUACUAUGAAGCUAACUUAUUCCUUUCUUUGAAUUGUCCCAUUUUUUUGUUAAAGCUGUGUUUGCAGGUAUGAGAAAGAAAUAUAACUAAAAAAAUAUCUCAUCAUUUCAUUUGGGCAAUAAAAACGUAGGUCACUGCCAGAUAUGUCAGUCCAUGUUUUUUAUGCUAAGGUGUCAGUGUGAGGAAAUUUUUUUUUUUAAAUUUUGCCCGAAAAUUUAUUAAUCCACACCAGCCAAUACUAUUAAAUUAAAUACCAUUCAUACUUGCUUAUAGGUUGAACUUAUUUACCAAAAAAUUCAAUAACAAGCAGAAGUAAGACCUGUCCACUCAACAAUUAUUUCUUUUUUUUUUUUAUUCAGUGUGGAGUAAUAGUUUAUAUGAAAAGUCAGUUUUCUUCCUUGCUCUAACUCAAACAGAGGGCAAUCAAUUUUUUAAAAUGUGUAUUAAAGAUCACAUAGUUUAUGUCAAUUGCUUUUCAGUUUUCAAGUUUUUAUGGAAACAUUUUUGUGACAACUAAUAUCAAACAUUAGCUAUGUUUAUGUUAUAAAAAAGGGGCCAUGCAACUCUCCAAGCUAAAGGUGUGACCUCCCCGGGGGUUCACCCCACAAAUCCACUUUAACCACCCCAAACUAAGAAUGUGACCUAUCCACUGGGGUGAGCCAUAUGCGAGUAUGUAUGAUAAGCGUUUUUUGGUUUUACUUAUAUGCUUGAUUUAUUUGUGUUAAUUUUCAGGAUGGUUUAUUUCUAGUGACACAAGACCCUUCCAUUAUAAGUGGCUACACCAAUGCUGUUCUUACUCCAAAUAUUGCAGAGUUUUCGCGCCUCUAUAAAAAAGUGGUAAGUUAUUAAUUUUUUUAUUCCGUAAACCCGGUACUUAAAAGUUGUAUUAUCUUUAAGGUGACCAUUUUUGUUAAAAUUGAAAAAAAAUGAGGAUAUUUUAAGAUUUUCAAAUUCAAAAACAAGGCAUUUAAAAUGGUUGGCCAAGGUAAACAAUUAUUUGUGAUUGCACAGACAGAUCUUUUGUAAGUGAGCUGACCUUUUGACAAAAAAUAUUAUCAUAAUGCGGAUUUGGAUUAAUUAUCUUUCUUUUAGUCGUGUCAUUUAUUUAUGCCUGGAUAUCAGAUGUAUUUAAUCUUUUGGUAAAUAAAAAAAUUAAUGAUUUAAAAAAAAUAUUUUUCAUCUUAAAUUUAAACUGUACUGGUUUCAGCUAACAAUAAAGCAGGACAGAGUCCAAAAAGCAGAACUGUCCUGAUAAAAACAGUAUGAAUGGUCACCUUAAUUUACUGGGAUUUGUGCAAUUUGAUAUACACAUUUAACAGUAUUUCAUGGUACCGGUAUUAUAACAUUGCAUUACAGUUAGACAGUUGUGUUUUUUACCAAGAGAGUGGUGUCUGUCUAUUUUAUAUUCCAAUGUUACACCGGCACUCCAAUGAGUUCAAUCAUUUUUUAAAAAUAUAUUUACCCCUGUCAACCUUCCUUGCACCCCCAUUCCCCACCAUUGCCUUCAUCUCAGCGCUACUUGUCCAGUUGAUAUUUUCCAGGUUGGCCGAGAUCCUGAUCCUGAUACGCCCAUAGUAACAGUCACCGAAUUGUCAAGAAAAUUAGGCCAUGUGACUAUAUUACAGAAAGGCCCCCAUGAUAUAAUCACAGAUGGUGAGAAUGGUGAGUGAUCCAGUGUGUAUGUAUCACAGAUGGGGAGAAUGCAAAGUGAUCUAGUGUGUAUGUAUUGCUGAUGGGAAGGAUGGUAAGUGAUCCAUGGUUUAUGUAUCACAGAUGGGAAUGAUGGUAAGUGAUCCAUGGUUUAUGUAUCACAGAUGGGAAUGAUGGUAAGUGAUCCAUGGUUUAUGUAUCACAGAUGGGAAUGAUGGUAAGUGAUCCAGUGUGUAUACAUCAGAGAUGGGGAAAACUAAGAGGUAUUGUGUGUAUUUAUACAUGAAAGAUUUGUUGUGGAAUGUUUUGUAUUUUUUACCUGUGAUACUUUGUGAUAUUUACAAGAUAAAAGAUUGGAUGCAGAUAUUAAUUAUGAUGACACGGGUGCUAAUCUUGAUUGAUCAAUUUGAACUUCACAUACCUGUAAUCAGAAUAACCAGAAUUAAAUCUCUAUUCAUCAACUUUCUUUGUCCAACUUUCUCCUUGUAGUGUUGGUGUGCUCAGAAACAGGAAGUCCCCGAAGAUGUGGCGGCCAAGGUGACCUACUCUCUGGAUCUCUGGGAGUCUUCUUGUUCUGGGCACUGCAGGAAUCCAUCAGAGGACAAAACAGGUGAGUUGCUUUUCCUAUAAAUCUGUAACUUUCAAUUCUUAGUGUCUGAUCCUGGAAGAUUACAUCAGUCUCUCUUGUAGUGAAAGUAAAGUGAGGAACUUGGGAUCUAGAUUUCAUUAAGUGCCUUGUGUUCCAUUGAGCCCAGAUGCUUCUAGACCAGGCCUGCACAACUCAAAAUGUAAGGCGGCAGUACUACUUUAUGAAAAUCGUGCGUGGGACGAAAGAAAAGAUGAUAGGUGAGAAUGCUAUUAAGAAAAUUAUAUAAAAAAAAAGAAGAUUUUGUUAUGUCGCGGGCCACAAAGAGAGCCUGGAUAGUCGUCGUCGUUCCUCUAACGGUGACCAGCCCAGUGUUUCUUCCAGCAUGCUGCCAACAAUAGAGGUAUUCCUGUAAAGGUUCUGGACAAAACGGGCUGCCCGUUGCUGGACCGCCUCCAACCUGUCGAUGUUCUUCUGGGUAAAUGGGUCCUAGACUGAAGAUGCAUAAUCUAAAAGCGGCCGGACAAAGGCUUUAUAGGCUCUUUCUUUCACACUGGAGUUGCCGAUCUUUAUAUUACGCCUUAAGAACCCUGGGGCUUUGUUUGCCUGGUUGCACGCAUGGUUAAUAUGCAUUUGGGAUGGUUUGUUGGUUGCUGUUGUUGAAAGUAUUUCUUAUCAGUUAAAAUUCAGCUGGGACUUAAACAUUCCAAAAAGUUCAGCCUGUUGAAGACAAAUUUGGUCAUCAUGGAUAUCACCUAUCUUUACAGAUCUUGUGUGUAUGUCAUAUCAUUUUUUCCACCUAACAGUACCCUAAUGGAUACGUAUGGCUUCAACAUGUGUGCAGCCUAUGCCUCAAGUGCUUUGACCCGUGAGUGUAACAGACAAGCCUUUGAGGAUUUCAGUCGAUCCAUGACAACCACCGACAUGAUAGCAAAGAUUCACUCAGCAUUUGAGGCCCUUUAUAUGUGAUGCAGAUUCAGGUUUUGGAGAAAAUUUAAUUUUUUUUUGUUCAAAGUGAUGACUUUUCUUAUUUAACUACCAGUAUUUGAACUUUUAUUUGAGUGCUUGUGAUCUUGAUGAUCUAAAAUUUAUUUUUUGGUUAUUUGUUGUAUUGGUUAACAAGUAUUUGAGAUGGGAGUCUGAUGGAUUGAAGAAUAUCAUGUGUUCAUUAUCAAUUAGAUCAAAUGGAAUUUUAAAUUAUUGCCCAUUUAAUAUUGUUUGAUCAUGAUUAUGUACAAAUGGCAUAAUUCUGUUUAUGUAAUUUCAUGAAAGCGAAUGUCUUUCUCAAAUCUAAUCAGAUCUAUUAAUUUUUAUUUGAUGUAUAAGUUAAAGAAAAUUAAAAGUGUACAAGUAAUCUGCCUUUCCUGUUACAUAAUUUUCUUAGGUCCAAAAUAACGCGCAGUAACUCUACUGUUAUUAAGAAAAUCAGUUGAUGCCAUACUGACCAAAGGUAAACUGACCCUAUGAAGCUUAAGAUAUGUUCAGGGCAGAGCCAGAAAGAAAAUUUAGAACCUUUAGUUGAUAAUCGAAGAAGAAUUGACCCCAAAAAAAAAAAAUCAGCUCUGCAGGAAGUGGCAAAAUUCACAGGAUAUUUCAUGAUGCAUUAAGAUAUGUUCAAGGGAAGCGGUUUGGAAAAGAAAAAAAUAUUUUUUAUAGCAGAAACACUUUCCAUAUCAAGGUGGUUGUCAAACUUGAAGGCCAUGCGUGCAGCAAGUUACAAAAUGCAAUGUAGCCUGCAGCACCAUAUGGACAAAGCUGCCAGAAAUUUGAAAAAUUACAGGUAAUGUAAGCCAAAAAAAAAAAAAAGAAAACAUUUAAAAAAAUAAAUUUUAAUAUAU